GUAGGAUGUAAUGUAGCCACUGAUAAGACGAUCAUUUCUCUAAUCUCAACAAGCACUGGUAGCUACAGUGGUGAUGAAUAACGAUGACAGUGGCAAGUUGGUAUACUUUGAGUCACAUUUGAAGUAUCAGAUAAAAACGUCCCAGAUUACUCUGACAAGGAAGAAUAAGAAAUCCAGCUGGGGUGUCAAUGUGUCCAACAUCAUUGCUAAGCUUUACGAUGGAUUGGAACUCUACCUAGCAACGGUACAAAGUUUGGACGAAAAAGGGAUCGCCAAAAAGAUGGGCCUAAAAGAACGAGAUCAGAUAUUGAAGGUAAACGGUAAGUCAGUGAGAGGCUGGCAAAGUGAGAAUUUGUUAGCAGAAUUCAGUGGGAACUGUAGUGUGACAGUUACUGUCAUCUCCAUAGAGGAUAGGACCAUCACUGAUUUGUUUCUAAUGACCAACAGGGAGAAUGACCUGAACUAUUUGUGGGCCCUCAGACAACUCGUGAAACUGAGUAUUUGUAAUAUAGAUUUCUCUGGAACGGGGCUGGAUCUCAGCGCUAUAACAACAACUUUACACGAACUAAUUGUGACUAAUUGUUCACUAAAGUGUGUCACGCAAAUCCUGGGCAUCGGCAGGUUGGUUUCACUGAAGAGACUUAUUCUAACACACAAUAACUUGGAACAUGUCGACGAGAAAACCAUGUUGAAACUUAAGGAACUAACAGACUUACAGCUAGGGUACAACUCGCUCAGGAAUUUCCCAACAGUUGUAACAAAGAUGGAAAAGUUGGAAGAACUGUCUCUUAUACACAAUCAGAUUAGUGUUCUGCCUGACGAGGUAGUACAGAUGACGAGUUUGGAGAAACUGCAUCUUGAUAACAACGUGUUAACUGAGCUACCAGAGUAUGUGACAUUGCAGCUCCCGCAACUGAGAGCUCUUACACUGGAGAACAACAAGUUGGCACCGAACACACCGAACACAGGCGGUUCAAGAAAAACUCGCAGCAAGUUUUAUUACAAGAUUGGUGUAACUGAUGCAUCUUUGGCUCAGACAUAAGAAGACUACAAACCAAAAGCGCUUAAAAUUCGACGAGAAUUGUUCGAAUAAAAAAAACUGAUGAUACAGCAUAAAUCAAGUUAUGUAAAGCUUUGAAAACAAUCCAGAUUUUGAUUAUCACGAUUUAUUAUUGAUCAAUUUUGUGUUAAUUACUGAAAUACAGCCAUAACCGGAAAUAAAUGACUUUCUUACACUAUUUUAUCUGCGUGUGUUUUUAAUAAAUUUUAAAUAAAAGUAAAUUUCUAAUAUAAAUUGACUACAGUAUAUGUGUUUGUAUACGAAUAUACAAUUUUAAAUGAUUUAUAUGAUUUUAAGAACGUACAAUAUUGAUUUAUUUUCCUGUCAAA